CAAAAAUGGAAGAAGAACAGAAGAGGUUAUGUUUCUGUUUGUUCGUUUGUUUACUUUUCGAAUCAAUUUAUUUUUUGAAAAAUGUGGAAAACUUUUACAUCAGAGGAUAAUAACGUUUAUAUGUUGAAAAUAAUCGAAAUCCUUGAUAAUUACGACUUUUAUUUAACAAAUCUUACAAAAAUAUGGUCCUGUAAACUCUCUAAGGAUUUAAUUAUCCAAAAAUUUCAAGAAUGUAAUCCGGUGAUAGAAACGAAACCUGGAGAAGCAUUAACGCAAUGUUUACAAUUAAUAAAUGAAAUAGAUACAUUAGGUGAAAUUAAAGUAUUUUUUUCGGAUUCUACAGCAAAAUUAAGCCUAAAAUCUGGUCUAUCAGUUUUAAAUGAGUCAAAUUUUAAAAUAAAGUAUGAAUUAGAGUUUACCAAGUUAGAAAAUGAAUUGUUUACCACAACAUUAACUAUACCAUUAGUACAGACCAUAAUUUUAUUGGAAAAGCAGCAAAAUAUGAUGAAAAAUUUGUUAUUAAAAAAAGAUAUGGAAUUAGAAGAGUAUCAAAUGGAAAAAGGGGAAAUUUCAAGAAGUGACUUAAUAACUGAAAAAUUUAAGCCAGAAAUGCUUAUUUCGUCUAGCAGUAACCUCAUGUUAAAUAUUUUUGAUAAAGUUGAGAAGCAGAUUUCACAAAAAUAUGGAAAAAUCGAAGAGAAGGUGGCCAAAGUUGAAGUUGAAUCUUGGAAUAAUGUGAAAAAGAGAAGAAAAAUUUACAAUAAAGAAACUGCUGCAAUGGCUAAAAAUAUAAAAAUUACAUACCAAGGCGAAAAGAGUGCUUAAUUUAUUCGUAAUUUUAAUUUUAAAUAUUUUUAAUCAUAUUAUAUAAGUGUUCUGAAAUUUAAAUCGUUGUGUUACUUUUUUCAACAUUUCACUAUAUUUAUUUUUGUUUUGAAAAUGUAAAUUUGAUAAAAAUAAAUACCAUGGAGGAAAGAUAAAUA